AGGGACCCGCGGCCAGCUGCGGAGGUGGCCGGGGCUGCCAGGGCAUCGGGCCCCAGAGCCCACGCCCGUCCAGGGGAUGCGGGGCCUCUAUGCAGGAGCGGGCGGUUGGGGGAAGCGGCCGCGAUGGAUUCUCGGCCCUCCGGGUCGGUCCUGCCAGCGAAACCCCCUCCUCGCUCUCUUCGCCGCGGGCUGGGAAGCGCCAACCGGAGCAGCGGACGCGGGACGUCCGGGAGCCGCGGGAGGCGUGGACGCUGUGCCAGCCCCGCCCCCCGCGCGCGCACUGGCUGCUCCCCGCGACGUCACGCUCGGCUAUAAAAGGCGCGGCGCGCGGCCCUUGCGGCGCUGGAAGAGCUCGAGGCUGAGGCUGCUGGGGAGCUGCGGGUCACCCGGCCGCCGGGCCGCAGGCGCCUCAGUGAUGUUUUACUCAGGGCUCCUCACCGAGGGCGGCCGCAAGGAGACCGACAUGCGGGAGGCGGCGUCGCUGCGACAGCAGCGCCGGAUGAAGCAGGCUGUGCAGUUCAUCCACAAGGACUCCGCGGACCUGCUGCCCCUGGACGGCCUGAAGAAGCUGGGCUCGUCCAAGGACACGCAACCUCAUAAUAUUCUGCAGAGGCGCCUCAUGGAAACCAACCUGUCUAAGCUCCGAAGCAGCCGUGUCCCUUGGGCCUCUAAGACGAACAAACUCAAUCAAGCUAAGUCUGAGGGGCUAAAGAAGUCUGAGGAGGAUGACAUGAUUUUGGUUUCUUGCCAGUGUGCUGGAAAGGAUGUGAAAGCCUUGGUUGACACAGGCUGUCUAUAUAAUCUCAUCUCUUCAGCCUGUGUGGAUAGAUUGGGACUCAAGGAACAUGUCAAAUCCCACAAGCAUGAAGGAGAAAAGCUUUCUCUACCCCGGCAUCUCAAAGUUGUGGGCCAGAUUGAGCACCUAGUGAUUACACUGGGCUCCCUCCGUCUGGACUGCCCAGCAGCUGUGGUCGAUGACAAUGAGAAAAACUUGUCCCUUGGUCUGCAGACUCUCCGAUCUCUGAAGUGUAUCAUAAACUUGGAUAAGCACCGGCUGGUCAUGGGGAAGACAGACAAGGAAGAAAUCCCUUUUAUGGAGACAGUCUCUUUGAAUGAAGACAACACUUCAGAAGCAUAACUACAGCCUGCAGCAUGUCUGUACAUGUGCAUACACACUGAGUUGACAGAUUGAGAAAACUGGGUUUGAACCAAAUGCAGUAGCAAAUUGCUGUGGACCAAGUCCUUCCAUCUAAUAGAAGCUCCAGGGGCUCCUUCCCAUUCAGACCUCUCUAGACUAUAGUCUAUGCUUAGAGAUCUUGUCUGGUUAUAGCCAUUGUUUUUUACUCCUUGAUCACUUAAUUUAUAGACCUUUGUUGACACUGCCAGUCUCACUUGUGGCCUAUUUCUCUGCUUCUUCCAGGAAUUUGCUUUCAUUAGUCAAGUAUAGGGGCUGCCAGGUUCUGUGUCUCCAUAGGUGUAUUUGCUUCUUUUCCUAUAGCUAAGUGUAUAAUAAACAAGAACUUGACCCUAACCUCUUUUCAGCUGUUUCAAACAGGUGCCAGGAUACCUAUGUCUUGGAAUUAGAGUUUCUUCAAAUUCAUUCAUUGAUUUCUCAAGUAUGGAUUAUGUGAAAGAGCCCAGGGAGGUCAUCUAUUAUAGUUUAACUCUUUUAUUUAAAGGUCCAGUGAGGCAAGUGAAUUGUCAAAGUUCAUAUAUUAGGUCAGUGACUCAAGGGACCUAGAACACAGACCUGAUUUCCAAGCCAAGACUCCCAUGCUGCCUCGUUUGUGUUCAAGCCUUAACAGGAGGGCAAAGAGGUGAAAGUGUUUU